AUGAAAAGAAAACAUCAGAAUAGUAUAAGUUCAAAUGAUAGUGAUGCACUCCUCCAAAUUGCAAUGUCACUUGAUCAUCAUGAUGACAAUAUCAUUAAAGAUCCACAAACAAUAGUUCUCCCAUCAGGUAAAUCAAUUACGAAAGAACAACUUUUAUUGCAAGUUAUCGAUCUGCAUCCAAACAAUUCUGAUGCUUAUAUCAAGUUGGCACUAAUUCUUAAAGCUGAAAAUCGAUCUUCUAUCAUUCUUCUAUCUGGCCUUACAAUGACACCACAACAACUCUACUUGAAAGGAAUACAAUGCAAUCCUACCGAUCCAAACUCAUAUUUUUACCUUGAAUUUACACUUUCAAGAGGUGAAUCAAUAACACUUCUAAAUGGACAAUCAAUGACAAAACAGCAACUAUUAUUGAAAGCAAUAGAGUGUGACCCUACCUGUACUUCUUAUUAUUAUAGCCUUGGGGCUACACUUUCAAGAGGUGAAUCAAUCAUACUCAAUGAUGGAGAAUCAAUGACACUUCAGCAACUAUACUUGAAAGCAAUAGAAUGUGAUCCAACGUUUUCGCAUCCUUAUACAAACCUUGCAAUCACACUUUCAAGUGAUGAACCAAUAACACUUAAUGAUGGACAAUCAAUGACAAGACAACAACUUUUAUUGAAAACAAUUGAAUGUGAUCCGACAAUUUCCAUUACUUAUUCUAACCUGGCAAAUACACUUUCAGAUGAAGAAUCAAUAACACUUAAUGAUGGACAAUCAAUGACAAAACAACAACUAUGCCUGAAAUCAAUAGAAUGUGAUCCAGCAUAUUCAAUUUCAUAUUGUAUCCUUGCAAUGACACUUUCAAGAGGUGAAUCAAUCAUACUUAAUAAUGGACAGUCAAUGACUGAUAGGCAACUAUACUUGAAAUCAAUAGAGUGUGAUCCAACAUUUUCAGAUGCUUAUUCUAACCUGGCAGACACACUUUCAAGAGGUGAAUCAAUCACACUAAAUAAUGGACAAUCAAUGACACAACAACAACUAUACUUGAAAUCAAUAGAAUGUGAUCCAACAUAUUCAUAUUCAUACUCUAAUCUUGCAAAGACACUUUCAAGAGGUGAAUCAAUCAUACUUAAUGAUGGACAAUCAAUGACAGAACAACAACUAUACUUGAAAUCAAUAGAGUGUGAUCCAACCAAUUCCAAUUCAUAUAAUAACCUUGCAACGACGCUUUCAAGUGGUGAAUCAAUCAUACUUAAUGAUGGACAAUCAAUGACAGACCAACAACUAUACUUGAAAUCAAUAGAAUAUGAUCCAACCAAUUCUGAAUCAUAUUAUAACCUUGCAACUACACUUUCAAGAGGUGAAUCAAUCAUACUUAAUGAUGGACAAUCAAUGACAAGACAACAACUAUACUUGAAAGCAAUAGAAUGUGAUCCAACCAAUUCUGAAUCAUAUAAUAACCUUAUAAAUACACUUUCAGAUGGCGAAUCAAUCAAACUUAAUGAUGGACAAUCAAUGACAAAACAACAACUAUUAUUGAAAUCAAUAGAAUGCGAUUCAACUAAUUCAAUCUAUUAUUCGAACCUUGCUAUAAUGCUUUCAAGAGGUGAAUCAAUCACACUCAAUGAUGGACAGUCAAUGACAGAGCAACAACUACUCUUGAAAUCAAUUGAGUGCGAUCCGACCAAUUCCAAAUCAUAUAUUAGCCUUACAGAAACGCUUUUAAGUGGUGAAUCAAUCAUACUUAAUGAUGGACAAUCAAUGACAGAGCAACAACUAUACGCGAAAGCAAUAGAGUAUGAUCCAACAAAUUCUGAUUCAUAUUAUAACCUUGCAACUACACUAUCAAGAGGUGAGUCAAUCAUACUUAAUGAUGGACAAUCAAUGACAAGACAACAACUAUACUUGAAAGCAAUAGAGUGGGAUCCAAACGAUUCAAAUUCAUACUAUAACCUUGCAUUGAACCUUUCAAGUGAUGAAUCAAUCAUACUUCCAAAUGGACAAUCAAUGACAGAGCAACAACUAUACUUGAAAUCAAUAGAAUUGGAUCCAACCCAUUCAAAUUCAUAUCAUAAUCUUGGAAACACUCUUUCAAGUGGUGAAUCAAUCAUACUUAAUGAUGGACAAUCAAUGACUGACAGACAACUAUACUUGAAGUCAAUAGAAUAUGAUCCAACCCAUUCUGAUUCAUAUUCUAACCUUGCAGAUACGCUUUCAAGUGGUGAAUCAAUCAUACUUAAUGAUGGACAAUCAAUGACAGAACAACAACUAUACUUGAAAUCAAUAGAAUUGGGUCCAACCCAUUCAAAUUCAUAUCAUAAUCUUGGAAACACUCUUUCAAGAGGUGAAUCAAUCAUACUUAAUGAUGGACAAUCAAUGACAGAACAACAACUAUACUUGAAAUCAAUAGAGUAUGAUUCAACCCAUUCUGAUUCAUAUUAUAACCUUGCAACUACACUAUCAAGAGGUGAAUCAAUCAUACUUAAUGAUGGACAAUCAAUGACAAGACAACAACUAUACUUGAAAUCAAUAGAAUUGGACCCAACCCAUUCAAAUUCAUAUCAUAAUCUUGGAAACACUCUUUCAAGUGGUGAAUCAAUCAUACUUAAUGAUGGACAAUCAAUGACAAGACAACAACUAUACUUGAAAGCAAUAGAGUAUGGCUCAACUGAUUCCUUUAAUAUCCUUGCAGCGACACUUUUCAAUUGUGAAAUCAUCAUACUUCAUGAUGGCCAAACAUUGACUAAGCAGCAUCUAUACUUGAAAUCAAUAGAAUGUGAUCCAGAAGAUCCAGAUUCAUACUCUAAUCUUGCAAAGACACUCUCAAGAGGUGAAUCAAUUACACUUAUUGAUGGACAAUCAAUGACAAAACAACAACUAUUAUUGAAAUCAAUAGAAUAUGAUCCAACCAAUUUCAAAUCAUAUAUUAACCUUGCAACGACACUUUCAAAUGGUGAAUCAAUCACACUUCUAAAUGGACUAUCAAUGACAGAACAACAACUAUAUUUGAAAUCAAUAGAGUGUUAUCCUACCAAUUCAUUUUCGUACUCUAAGCUUGCAAUAUUACUUUCUAAUGGUGAAUCAAUCACACUUAAUGAUGGCCAAACAAUGACACGACAACAACUACUCUUGAAGCCAAUAGAAUAUAAUCCAACUAGUUCAGAUACAUAUUUUAACCUUGCAACGACGCUUUCAAGUGGUGAAUCAAUCACACUUAAUAAUGGACAAUCAAUGACUGACAGACAACUAUACUCGAAAGCUAUAGAAUUGGAUCCAACCCAUUCAAAUUCAUAUCAUAACCUUGCAACGACGCUUUCAAGUGGUGAAUCAAUCACACUUAAUAAUGGACAAUCAAUGACAGACAGACAACUAUACUUGAAAUCAAUAGAAUAUGAUCCAACCAAUUUCAAAUCAUAUUAUAUCCUUGCAAAUUCACUUUCAAGAGGUGAAUCAAUCAUUCUUAAUAAUGGAUUGUCAAUGACUACACAACAAUUAUACUUGAAAUCAAUAGAAUGUGAUCCGACCAAUGCCGAUUUAUAUAUAAGAAUUGGAUGUACACUUUCAAGUGGAGAGUCAAUCAUACUACCAAAUGGACAAACAAUGACACAACAACAGAUAUAUUUAAAAUCAGUAGAGUGUGGUCCAACAUAUUCAUAUUCAUAUUAUAACCUUGCAACCACACUCUCAGGUGAAGAAUCAAUCAUACUACCUAAUGGACAAUCAAUGACUGCGCGAAAACUAUACUUUAAAUCAAUAGAGUGUGAUCCAACAAAUUCCAAAUCAUAUACUAACCUUGCAACUAUACUUUCAAGUGGUGAAUCAACCAUACUUAAUAAUGGACAAUCUAUGACACAACAACAACUAUACUUGAAAUCAAUAGAAUGUGAUCCAACAUAUUACCAUCCAUACAUUGGCCUUGCAACAACACUUUCAAGAGGUGAAUCAAUCAUACUUCCAAAUGGACAAUCUAUGACACAACAACAACUAUACUUGAAAUCAAUAGAAUGCGAUCCAACAUAUUACCAUCCAUACAUUGUCCUUGCAACGACACUUUCGGACGGUGAAUCAAUUAUACUUCCAAAUGGACAAUCAAUGACAGAACAACAACUAUGUUGUAAAUCAAUAGAAUGUGAUCCAACCUAUCCAUAUUCUUAUAAUAUCCUUGCAACAACACUUUCAAAUGAUGAAUCAAUCAUACUUCCUAGCGGAAAAGCAAUGACAAAGAAACAACUAUUCUUAAAAUCAAUAGAAUGUGAUCCAACCAAUUCAGAUUCAUAUCAUAUACUUGCAAUUACACUAUCCCUACAUGAAACAAUCAGACUCCAGAAUCAUGUUCUAAUGACAAAACAACAACUAUUAUUGGAAUCACUAAGAUUAAAUCAAACACAAUCAUGGGCUUACCGAUCGAUUGGAUUAACACUUUUGAACAACAAACAAACAAUUACACUUCCAAAUGGACAACAAAUGUCAAGGAGACAACUACUUCAAAAAGCAAGAAUAAAUAAAAAAUAA